AUGCAUUCCACCCCGUCCCAGAGCAACCUCAACCCCACCACCCGACCGCAUCUGCUGCCCGAGUUCAGCCUCAAGGACAAGGUCAUUGUCGUCUCGGGCGGCGCCAGGGGCCUCGGCCUCGUCCAGGCAGAGGCUCUGCUCGAGGCCGGUGCAACCGUGCACUGCAUCGACAGACUGCCCUCGCCCGCCAACGACCCAGCCUCGGGUUUCUCUGAGAUCAGCAAGCGCGCACGCCGCGACCUCGACACCAGCCUGACCUAUCACCAGACCGAUGUUCGAAACGUCGGCGAGCUCAACAGGAUCAUGGAGAAGAUUGCCGAUCAGGCUGGCAGGCUCGACGGCUUGAUUGCCGCCGCCGGCAUCAAUCACGAGACCCCCGCGCUCGAGUACACGUCCGACGAGGUGGACCGGAUGAUGAGCAUCAACGUCACGGGCGCCUUCAUGACCGCCCAGGCCGCCGCUCGACAAAUGGUUCGCCUCAAGCAGCCCGGCAGCAUCUGCCUCAUCGCAAGCAUGAGUGGCACCAUCGCCAAUCGCGGCAUGUACGCGCCGGCCUACAACGCAUCCAAAGCCGCUGUCAUCCAGCUCUGCCGGAGCCUCGCCGCGGAAUGGGGCGAGUACGGCAUCCGCGUCAACACUCUCUCACCGGGCUACAUCAUGACGCAGAUGCUGCAGUCGCUCUUUGACGAUUACCCCGAGCGCAAGGAGGUCUGGCCCAAGGAGAACAUGCUGAAGCGCCUGAGCCUGCCCAGCGAGUAUCGUGGGUCCGCCGUCUUUCUUCUCAGCGACGCCAGCAGCUUUAUGACAGGGAGCGACCUCCGGAUAGACGGCGGCCACGCGGCAUGGUAG